GGCUGUGGCCUCAGGAGGGCAGGAGAUCAGUAGCGUACGAGCGCGCGAGCGGUGCACGACGAGGGUGCGUGUGUGGGGUGUGUGCGCAUAGAGGGUGAGCCGUGAGCGAGCGAGGGCGAGUGAGAGCGAAAUUGCCCCUCUCCUCCUCCUCCUACUCCCCCGGCGUUGCGGGAAAAACUCGCCUCAGCAUGCAACCACCACCGAGAAAAGGAAACUAUGCGAAGUUUCUAAAGAAUGUACACGCGGAGCAGGCAGCAAAAUUGCAAGCAAAAAAUCAGCACGAAUGUGACCUUCUGGAAGAUAUACGGUGAAGACAUACGAUGUUUUACUAAUUUUACGAUUAAAAAAUCUGCUAUUGAAAAAUCCUACUCUGAGGCACUACUCAAGAUAUCAUCCGCAUACUUAAACAAGAAAAUACCAAACAUACCAGAUCUCAAACUCGAUGGAGCAGAAGAGAAAUGGAACAUGUGGAAUGUGUGGCGAACCGUGUUGGAGGAGAACGAGAAAUUGGCGCGCGCGCAUCUCGCUGCCGUCGAGGUCUUCCAGCAGCAGAUCGCCGAUGAUGCCAAGAUCCUCAGGAUGCAUAAGUUACAAGUUUCUAAGAAGGCAAUCGACCAAUUAUUAAUAGUACAAAAAGAACUGCAGACCUGCGUCCAGGACGUUGACAAAACGAAGAAGUUGUACUUUGAUGAAGAACAUAGCGCACACGAUGUACGCGACAAAGCGAAGGACAUUGAAGAAAAAUUGAAGAAGAAGAAGGGUUCUUUUUUCACGUCGAUAACAACAUUGCAGAAAAAUAGUGCUAAGUUUAGCUCAAAACGAGAUCAAUUAGAAGAAAAAUCAACCGGAGCACGCAAUGAUUAUCUAUUGAGCCUUGCCGCCGCCAAUGCUCACCAAAAUCGAUAUUUUGUAGUCGAUUUACAAUCCACCAUGCAACAUUUGGAGCAAGGUGUUUACGACAAGGUAGCGGAAUAUUUAACGCUGAUGGGACGCACGGAACUACUUACUUGUUUAGCCACGCAAAACAGCUUCGGCAAAAUUCGCGAUCAAGCUCAGCAGCUUACUAGGGAAUACAAUAUCCAAUGUUGCUGUUUAUACUAUCCCGUUUUGAAACAACAUAUUCAAUACGAGUUCGAACCCUGCGAUAACGAUCCGAUAGAUAGGAUAACUGCCGAUCAUUCGGCAGCGACGACGUUGGGCAAUGAAGCGCGUCGCUGGUCGACAAGGAUUGCCCGCGAGGUUAACAACAUCCGCGAAAAUAACCGAAAGCUGCAGGCACUAUUACAACUCAAAGAGGCUGGUCAAAAGACUGAUCCGAAUGAUCCUAAUGGUCCAGAUUUGGAUACAAAGAUCGAUGAAUUAAAGCACACUAUUCGACGAGCAGAGACAACAAAACUCAAGGCCGAAGCGAGAUUAGAAUGUCUUCGACAGGGUGGAGUGAAUGUGGACGAAUUCCUGCAAGAGGCUGAAACGCUGAGCGUUCAAGAUAUACCUCGUUCGGCCAGCUCCCUCUCCGUCAGGACAGAUGCAUCUGGUGCAGCGGAACAUCCGUCAUCAGACUCUUUCUAUGACAGCGAUGGCGAUGGCGGAAGCGAUUUAACAACCGUUGAACGUCCUGGAAAGAAUGCGCCGCAGCAAGAAGAUGAAGUCGAAGAAAGGCAAAGGCACGACAGCGCCGAAGUCGAUGCGUUGUUAGAGCAGGAGAAGCAACGAAUGGAACAGCUAACGGCAGGCUGGGACGAUCCUACGGCAGUUGAUUGGGACAAUGAGGAGAAGGAUGAGCAAGAAAUGACGCAUGAGAUACCAGAGAUGCCUUCUAAUCAACCCAUAUACAAAUGUACCGCUCUCUACUCUUACACAGCACAAAAUCCCGAUGAACUUUCCAUCGUGGAAAGCGAACAGCUAGAUGUAGUGGGAGAAGGUGACGGUGAUGGAUGGUUGAAAGCACGAAAUUAUCGAGGAGAAGAAGGUUUCGUACCUCAGAAUUAUCUCGAUGUGGAGAGAGAGCCGGAGAUUACUACCGGCGGCUUGACCUCGCAAGGUCCAAGUCUCGUCCAGCAAAUUUCCUUCUCAUCGGUCGAUUAUACGAUCGACGAUCAUGACGCCGUCGAUCCCGACGCUGGCUUACAAAGUACUGCUCCGGAAGCUAUUAUGCAAAAUCACAUUGGAGAAGUAGAACAAUAUUGUAUCGCGCUCUACGAUUACGAUGCAACAUGCGACGAGGAGCUAAGCUUCCUAGAAGGCGAUAUAAUCAGAGUCCUGAGAAAAGAACCGCAUGAAGUGGACGACGGCUGGUGGGAAGGCGAGUUAAGAGAUCAGCGAGGUAUCUUCCCCUCUCUCGUUGUGGAACCUUGCGCUCCAGAUGGGUCUCCUUUGACCCCUCAGGAAAAUAUAACACCACCGAGUUCUGCACCGCCAGUCUUCACCCCGCCGGAAAUACCAGAGUUUUUGCUAGCCGAUGAACUUACUCAACUCGACGAAUCGCAAGAAGAAAAGGUAGGGGUAAAUGGUGAUGGGGGUUUUAUAAUAAAUCUGUCCAAAAACCAAAAGGACCAUUAUGGCUCGCAAUUUGAAGAUGACAAAUCGGAAGCUCCAAAUAUAGUCGUGGAGGUAUCAGACGAAUCGAACGAUAAGGCAGAGAAGUCCGAAGAUCCCAAAUCCGCUAAUCAACAGGACGAUUUUGGUCUUGGAGUGGCCCAGAUUGUCAUUACAGCUGCAACUCCAAUGGAAGAGAUCGAACAUCCUUUUCCUGGAGUAGAGGAGACUUCGGAAGAUCCAGCAAAAUCGGAAACCUCUGAAGCUGACCCUGAAGCUUCAAGUGCUGCUUCGGAUCCAAACGAGAGCGAGUGUAAAGAAGAGGAAGAGGCAACUGUCAUUUUGGAUGAAAAAGAGGAAGAAGAAGUUGAAGAAAAAUCCACGAUCGAUGAACUUCCUGCCGAUUCAGCACCGUUUCCAAUCAGCAGUAGUUCUGGAAGUGAAGCAGAAUCAAUCGCUUCUGGUCCCAGUACUAAUGAAAAUUCACAAUCGAGAGGAACGGUGGUGGAAGUGACAGAAGAAGUCACAGAAAUCACAGAAGAAGAAGAGGAGGAAAUGAUGCCAGGCAAAAUGCUAGUGGGAGGAAGAGCCAGCAUUCCAGAUGAGCUUCAACCGGAUCAGUUAGAGAAGUUACAGACGCUCAAGGAAUCGAACGCCUAGGGCUGACUGGGCCCCAGGGCCCACAAUGGCAAGAUUACAUUGCCUGAUGGCCACCCUGACAAUUUUCGACAUCUUUUGGAUUUCUGGCGAUCGCCUGAAGUGCUAAACAAGAAAGACUAAGUAAUAAAACUCUAAUAAGACUCUGCGACUGACAAGUUUCUUAUGGUGAUUGAGUAGUGGUGGAGAUAAAAAUGUUUUGUCAUUGAAUUAUCAUUAGGAUAAUGAUAGGGCGUGCAGAUAGAUCAUGAAGGAAUAGAUCGUGAAUAGAAGGGCGUUAAUAGAUCAAUUGUGCUGAGAACAUAUUUGUAUUAUGAAACUAUAAUCCUUUUUAUGUGUGUUUUUAGCAUUAGAUUCUGAUAUUUCAACGAGAUUCUGUCAAUUUUAAUCUAUAGAACUCUAACGAAUUAUAGAAUUUACAUGGGUUUGUAAUGAAAUAUUCAAACUAAGAUUUAGAUCACAAGCAUUUUGAUGACGUAAUAUGAAAUAUCUUGCAACUGAACAGUAUUAUGAUAGAUCCAUUUAUGAAGCUAAGUAGAUUACCAUAUUGAUCUAUUAACAUCCUGAGAAAGAAGAGGGAAUGAUUUGACAAAUUUCUUAAUUGACAGAAUUAUUAAAUUAAAUAAGAGAUAACUUAAGUUUGAUAAGAUGUGUAUAAAACCAGGACAGUCACAAAGAAUUAAUACAAGAUCACCACAACACAUUAUACAAAACUUUAUAUAAGUUCACUGGGAUUGAUCCACUCAUAAAAAGUUAGAAGAAUUAACUGUCCUAUUUUAGGGCAUUGGGCUUUAAUGGGUUGAUUAGAAAAUCUUGACUUAGUGAAAUUGACAAAGAGAUGAAGGGGGAGAGAUUUUUUUCGUAAGAGAUAGUGUACAGUGAGACGAGAUGAAGCAGAGGAUUAUCGAUACCUAUGUACUACAAAGGGUGUAAUAACUUGCACGCAGUCGUUGGUGUACAUUUCAAGGGAAUUACACUGGUGUUACAUGUAAAAA